CACAGGCGGCUCCUCUCUAGCUUUUAUAUUGAUCUCCCCAUCCCCCUCUCUCCCUGCCCCAAUUCCCCUUCGCCUCCUCUCUCUCUCGCUACCGCCCCGAUCGGAAUGGAGGGAGGGGGCGGGAGCCCUCGCCGGAGCCUGGCCCUACACCGGCCGUCGCCAUCCUUUCGUCUCCGGAGCCCCAGCCUCAACACCGUCCGCCUCCGUCGCGUCUUCGACCUCUUCGACCGCAACGGCGACGGCGAGAUCACUGUCGACGAGCUCGCCCUCGCUCUCGACUCCCUUGGCCUGGGCGCUGACCACGACGAGAUCGGCUGCACCGUCGCCGCCUAUAUCCGUCCCGGCCGCGCCGGCCUCGCUUUCGAGGACUUCGAGGUUCUCCACCGCUCCCUCGGCGACGCUCUCUUCGGCGCCGCCGCACCCGGCGACGAAGGCCAGGCGGCGGCGGAGGAGGAGGAGGAGCAGGACAUGAGGGAGGCGUUCCGGGUGUUCGACGAGGACGGCGAUGGUUUCAUCUCGGCGGCGGAGCUCCAGGUUGUGCUGGCCAAGCUCGGCCUUCCGGAGGCCCGGAACUUCGCAAGGGUGCACGAGAUGAUCUGCUCCGUCGAUCAGGACCGCGAUGGACGGGUGGAUUUCGGCGAGUUCAAGCACAUGAUGCAGGGGAUCACCGUCCGAAGCGCCUGAUGGAUGGUGCAGAAUGUGUCUUCUUAAAAAAAAAAAAAGAAAAAAACUCUGUCAUCGGUUUCUCAACCUUUUAAUUUUGAUAAUCCACUUCUAAUUUAUCAACUUAGCUUUGCUAUUUCCAUUAUGUUGUAAGCCAUCUAUGCCAACGACGAUGAGGGUGGGGUUUUGGAGAACAAUCGGACGACAUUAGCAAUGCUCCAAUCUUUUUCCCUCUCUAGUUGGUGGUGGUCCUUCACUGAGUGGUUAUAAAAAAUAAUUGGG